AUGUCUGCAAUUGAGAAUGUUAUCAACCCCAACCUCUACGGGAUUGUGGAUAUGGGGAGUAAUGGCAUCCGCUUCUCUAUCACUGACAUGUGCCCAUCUACAGCUCGAAUCAUGCCAAUAGUUUACCAAGAUAGAGCUGGUAUAUCUCUCUACGAUGCCCGGUUCUCCACUACUGGGAGUGGAACGGAUGGUGAGGGUGUAACGGCGCAAGGGCUGAUCCCCAAGUCGACUAUGCUGCAGGUUGUGACCAGACUGUCGCAUUUCAAGACCAUCUGUGCCGAUUUCGGGGUACCACCAGACAACGUGCAUGUGCUCGCUACUGAAGCAACAAGGACCGCUCCUAAUUCAGAAGAAUUUCGCAAGCAGAUCAAGGAUCGCACGGGAUGGGAAGUGAGAAUACUUUCCAAGGAAGAUGAGGGGCGUCUGGGAGCAAUGGGAGUCGCGAGCAGCUCAGCCUCUGUUGCCGGGUUGGUUAUGGACAUGGGUGGUGGCAGUGUGCAGAUUACUUGGAUGAUUGAGAAGGAUGGAGUCAUCACGACCUCUCCCCGAGGUUCAUUUAGCUUUCCUUACGGCGCUGCAGCGUUGACUAGGAGGCUAGAACAGGUGCAGGGAAGGGGAAAGGGGAAAGGUUCUAAAGCGGAACAGGAGUUGAGGGACGAGAUGAAGAAUAAUUUUCAACAUGCCUACCGGCAGCUCGAGGUGCCACCGAGUCUUCUGCAGGCUGCAGAGCGCCGGGGAGGAUUUGACCUGUAUCUCUGCGGCGGGGGGUUCAGAGGCUGGGGAUAUCUUCUCAUGAGCCAGUCUAAAUUUGGCGCCUAUCCAAUUCCCAUAGUGAACGGUUACAGAACAAGCAGGGGAGAAUUCUACGAUACAUCUACAGUGAUGGACAUCGUUUCGAAGAAAGACGUCAAGAUAUUCGGUGUCUCGAAGCGGCGAGAAUCGCAGAUGCCCGCCAUCGCACUGCUCGUGAAUGUCCUAAUGGACGCGUUGCCAGUGAUUAAGAACAUCCAGUUCUGUCAGGGCGGUGUACGAGAAGGGUUUCUUUUCGAUAAACUUCCUGCUGAGAUCCGGGCUCAAGAUCCUUUGUUGGUUGCUACAUCACCGUAUGCUCCGCCAUCCAGGGAGGCCAUUAAGGAACUACUCAUCUCAGCACUCCCGGAGACGUCCUCACUCAUUGCAUCCAGAUGCCCACCUGAAUCGUUCUCUCCGAAUCUCCUUGCGGCCCUUUCGAAUCUCCUCUUUGCACAUUCUCGAGUCCCCAGGGAAUCCAGGUCGGCGGCUGCCCUCCAUAGCACAACUACGGGCAUCUUGGCAUCAACAAACAGCCUUACACAUGUUGACCGCGCUAUUGUUGCACUCAUCCUUUGCGAGCGAUGGUCCGGAGAUCUGGCACCAGCCGAGGAGAUGUUUCAGUACCGUCUGGACCAGUUACUAUCUGCACAGGAGAGAUGGUGGUGCCAGUAUCUCGGUCGAGUAGCGUCAUUAAUAGGGAUCGUUUACCCCUCCGGCCUGGUCCCAAAGGAUAAUUGGCGAGUGCGGUUAGAAACGCGUUGGGAUAUUGUGACCAAGAAGAAAGGCAGGGACGAUAUGCUCUGCCUCAGAAUCAUCUUGGAUGGCACCGAUACGGUUUUAACAGAGACAAUGCGGGACUCUCUCCGGGAUACCGGGGAAAAGAUCGAGAAGACUGGAAAGAAGAACUGGAUCCAUGUGCCCGAGGGAGACUACGGAGUCCGAGUGGGCGUGGAUAUUAUGGGAUGA